AAUUGUGUUCUUUGUCAGUUCGUUUCCGACAUUGGACGAGUGAACAGUUGUUUUGAUAAAUAAAUUGGUUCCAAUAGUGAAAAUGGGAAAAGUUGUACUGUACACGGCUAAAUUAAGUCCACCGGGUCGUUCUGUAGAGCUGACCGCUAAAGCUCUUGGUCUGGAGCUGGAAAUCAACCCAGUAAACCUACUCGCCGGUGAUCACUUGAAACCAGAAUUCGUCAAGAUGAAUCCACAACACACAAUCCCGUUGAUUAUCGAUGAGGACGGAACGGUCGUUUAUGACAGUCAUGCAAUUAACAUCUACUUGGCUACUAAGUACGGAAAGGAUGAUAGUCUGUAUCCGAAUGACAUCGCGACCCGAGCAAAAAUUAACGCAGCAUUACAUUUCGAUUCUGGAGUACUCUUCGCUAGACUUCGUUUUUAUUUGGAACCAAUCCUGUACUAUGGAUCCGUCGAGACUCCGCAGGAUAGAAUUGACUACCUGUACAAGGCAUAUGAACUGUUGAAUGAUACACUGGUCAAUGAUUACAUCGUUGGAAACAAGCUAACUUUAGCGGAUUUGAGUUGCAUUGCAAGCAUUGCAUCUGUUCACGCCAUUUUCCCAAUUGAUAAGAGCAAGUACCCAAAACUAGCGGCAUGGGUUGAGCGCGUAUCAACUUUGCCAUACUACAAAAAGACUAAUCAAGAAGGUGCCGAGGAGCUGGCUUCCCUCUACCGUGCGAAACUUGAAGAAAAUCGUCAGAAAGCAAAGAAACUUGCAAUAAUGAAUCCAGUUCUAUACUAUGACGAUGCUAGCCCCCCUGUUCGAAGUGUGCUGCUGACCAUAUCAGCUUUGGACAUCAACGAUAAGAUCGAUAUGAAAUGGAUUAAUCUGUUCGGGGCAGAUCACUUGAAGCCAGAUUUUGUUAACAUCAACCCAUUGCACACAGUUCCAGUUUUGACGGAUGAGGAACUGAUACUUACUGACAGUCAUGCAAUUUUGACGUAUCUCUGUGAUGUCUACGGCCAGGGGACAAAUUUUUCAUUGGGGGAUCCGAAGCAACGUGCGAUUGUUCUGAACCGUCUUUGCUUCAAUAAUUCGGUAUUGUUUCAAAGAGAUGCUGAACUCAUGCGAAAAAUAUUUCGUAAACAGCUAAGAGAUAUUUCCACUCACUUGAAACCAGUUGAAGAAGCUAUUGAUUAUCUGGAGAUUUAUUUGAAAACUUCGAAGUUCGUAGCCUGUGAUAAGUUAACAGUGGCGGAUUUCUCAAUUGUUGCAACGUUAAGCACGGCGGAGUCUGUUUGUCCUAUUUCAAGUUCUCGAUGGCCGAAAGUGAAAGCUUGGUACGAAGAAAUGCAAAAAUUACCGUAUUACAAUGAUGCCAACCAGGUUGGACUUACUAAAUUACGGGCAAAACUGAAUUCCAUUUUGAACGCAUGAAGUAUUUAACGUAUUUUUCAAUUAAAAUUACAAACACAAACAGAUAAUAUUGUUCCGUUAGAGGCAAAUAAAGUUACAAAUUGCAAGCUACAAAGGAAAA